AUGGCAAAACUCUUCCUCAACAUGUGUCCUGAUUCAGCACUAACUCCGACGACUUUCUCGGGGGCGGUGAAAGCAGGCCGUUUCUCUGCGGUCACGGUUUUCAAGUAUGGUGGCGCUGAUCUAGAAGCGUUGGAUACGAAUGGGCAUCCGCCUCUUUGGCAUACUACUGAUAGUCGUAUGAUCCAAUACCUGUCAUUUCUCGGAGCCAGCCCCAAUGCCGUCAGUGCUGAUGGGGAAACAGUUGUUGACCAUGCAUUCGAAAACAGCUGUUAUGACGCCGUAGACACCCUGGUUGACUGUGGUGCGGACUUUUUGCGAGUAAAAUUGAAAAACUGCAAAAAGUUACUUUGCAAUGACAUCUCUCAGAGAAAUUUUGGAUAUUUACAGAAAAUUGUUCUGCAACACAUAGAAAUUCUCCGCGAUAAAGAAGUUAUAGCGGGCUUGAGAAAGAUUUUCUCCAUAGGAAUCUGUGAUGAUGAAACAUUCGAGAAAAUACUCGGUCACUUACGAUGGUUCGGAGCUCAUUGUCAGUCAAACACAACAUCAUCAGUAAACUUGUUUGACAGGUCGCUGGUUUCUUUGAUACCAACAGAUGUAGGAAGCAGCGUGUUACUGAUUCGUCACCUAUUAGUGAAGGGUGCGAAUCCAAACGUCUAUAUUUCGGGGCAUGGAUCGGCAUUGGAAGCUGUAGCAAAAGGGCAAGACGAGGAAUGUGUCGAAUAUUUGAUUGAACAUGGUCUAGACCUUGACAAAUUCGACCACGCCUACCUCGAGAGAAUCCUACAGCUUGCGGUAACAUCUGGGAACUCGUCGGUAGUCCAAUUACUAGUUGAGAAGGGCGUUGACCCUGACUUCAAUCAGAAGCGCACUGAAUGCGGCUCAGGGGCAUUAAUUUGGGAAGCUGUAUCGAGAGGACACACUAAAAUAGUUCAGCUCCUGAUUCAUGGAGGCGCUGAUAUACACAUCAGACAGGACGGCUGGACGCUUCUGGGGUUCGCAGCAAACAAUGGAUUAUUGUGGGAAGUACACUACAUACUUGUUACAGGCGCAGAUCCCUUGGAAAAAUCAGGGCCAGAAGAGAAAACAGCUCUAGCGUGGGUCUUGUGCCCCUCUGGCGUGAUCAGCGAGUCCAGCUCCCGGGAAAGAAUUGCGUCUAUCCUGAUCCGCCGGUACACCGAAGAACAGUUGAAGUCCGAAGGCCCCCGGAUAUUCUCGUUAGCCGGGAAGAUGAAUUAUAGAAGGUUCCAAAAGCGAUUGGGCUACUUUGGAGUUCCUCUGCCUAAGAGCUGUCUCGAGCUGGACUGA